AAUGUGAAUGUGCACGAGCAUGUGAAAGUGUGUGAGUUUGUGUGUGCCUCACUCCCUCUCAUUCUCCUUCUGUGCAACCAGUGCAGAAAGGCUCACCCAGUACGGACCUAGACCUAGACCUAGACCUAGGCGGUGACCUACACCUAAGCUUCUAGAGCUUCGAUCGCCCUUGUUCCCUUUCGGGGGAUCAGGGAAAAGGGGCGAAGCAAAAAAAGAGAGAGGGAGGAGUUGGACCAGUGCACGUGCAUGGGUGUGAGUGAGCGUAUAUCUCAGUGUGUCAUCUCAAGGUGUCUCAUGAGCCGUAGUGGUGGCGGUGAUGUCGGAAUGUGCGGACAGCAGUGGCAGCAUGGAAUCUAUCGCGAUCAAGGAAGAACCUGGAGAAGGAGAAGAAAACGAUGACAUCAUUGCCUCCUCUCGAUCCAAUCAAAAUUCCACCUCUCUCCCUUCCAGUACGGGACAGGGAGGAUCUCGAGCGAGUCGGAAUGAGGCAGAGAAGCAACGACGAGAUCGACUAAACGGCUUCAUCUCGGAACUGUCCCAUCUGGUCCCCACCGUCCAACUUGCCAAUAAGAGACUCGACAAGACGUCCGUCCUGCGACUCUCUGCCAACUAUCUCAAGAUUCAUUUCGGAAUUCUGAGCCGGGGAACAGAUGCUUCGAAAUGGCCGAAGACUUUAGACUCCGACUAUCUCCUCGAGACAAUGCAAGGUUUCCUGAUGAUCCUCAGUGGAUCGGGUCGGAUCGUUUUCGUGUCCGGGACAGUGGAGAAGUUCCUCGGACACACCCAGGUGGAUCUGAUGGGGCACCCGAUAUAUUUGAUCGCUCAUCCCGAGGACAGAGACAUCUUGGCCCGAAACCUCCUCCCUAGCGAGGCGAGUGGAAGGAAUUUCAGCGUUCGAUUGGCAGAGAGGAGUUUGAGUCGGUCCGAGCAAGGUCGUUGGCUCCCCAUGAGUUUUGCAGGUCAACUCCGCCCUUGGCAUCGCAGGAAUCAUCAUAAUCAUGGUGUUCAUCACCAUCACCAAGCUCAAUUGAGGGGUUCCCCCUUCCGUGGAGGAGGAGGUGUGUGGGGAUCUGGGACGGAAGACUGGCUCCUUUUCGCCGUUGUCAGCCAGACUCACUCUUGGUCUCCCCUCGAACUUUCUCUCUAUGAAGCCAUCCAAGAUGAAUAUUUCACCCGUCAUAAUGUUGAAGGACAAAUCAUCGACGUCGAUCAAAGGAUCUCAGUCGUGGCAGGAUAUACGGUGAAGGAAGUACUGCAUGAGAACGCAUUUCGAUACAUACAUCAGGAGGAUCUCCCGGUUGCCCUCAUAUCAUAUGAAAUGAUGCUGUACAACAGCCCUGACGGGUCGGGGUUGGUCACCUAUCGCCUUAUGACAAGGUCCAACGAGAUCAUUUUCCUCAGGUCACGCGGCUUCCUCGAGUAUGACAGUGUCACUCGCAAAGUUGAAUCCUUUUUCUGCAUCAACACUCUCCUCAGGUGA